AUGCAUGCGGAUGAGCUAAACCCUAAGGUCCUAGGGCAAUGGCACAUCCUGCUAAACCGCUGUGGGAAAUUUUCGGAUGGAGGAAGCAGUCAACCACAGACAGAGCCAGUAUACGGGCUCAUGUACUCAGCAUCACCUAGUAGGCUCGACCGGUCCCAAAACCAGGCGCCAGCACCUCGUGACCCGAGGACCAGCUCUGCCGCCGGCCACACCAUGGAUAUCGACGGCUUCGUUACCACCUCAGGGCGGAGAAGUGCCAAGGACCAGGAUCGAGUUGGCCAUGAUUUAGACCAACUGACGGCACUGCAGGAGUUCAUGGGCUUGCCGGGGGACGCGGACCCUCAGGGCUACACAGACGUGCCCGGACGUAGGAGUGAAGACCUCGUCUGCAAUUUCGCUGGGCACCAGUUGGGCGCCCUGUGCCGAUCACAAGGGCUGCUGGUAUUAAAUGGCCGUGUUUCUGGGGAUUUAGAGGGUCGUCUGACCUUCCCCAAGGGUGAAGCAGGUGGGAGCAUGAUCGAUCUUUUUGUAGGUUCGGCCGGUGUUCUCCGUCAUGCCUAUUGGAUGCGAGUGGGCGAGCUGCUCGCGCCAGAUGGUUGGUUCCCGACUGACCACCGUCCAGUGACGCUAGUGCUUGGUCUAGCUGUAGGAGGAACUGGAACGAGUGCCAAAGGGUGCUGCCAAAAGAAGCGAGCAGUGUUUGAGAUUUCCCGUUAUCGUGACUAUGCUGCUCUGUUCACUGAUGGAUCCCAGGUCAUGCAUGCACUAAAUGGGGUGAUCACGGACCUAUCGAAUGGGGCCUGCAACAGCACGGAGUCGGUGGAGCACAUUAGUACCCUCCUGCGGAAGGAUGGAGAGAAGCGAGUGAACCGCAUCGUUUUCAUCGGGCUGCACCAGGACCGAGAACAGCUGGCAAGCAGCCCAGGCCCAGUGUUGCUACCGUAA